GGCGGUUCUGUUCGCUCGGCCCCGACUUCUGUCUCCAGGGGUACAGCGGAAACAAAACUAAAACCAACACCCUUCAGGGCAGCUUGUGGGCCGGUACCGCCCCGCCUCCGCCCUGCUCCAAACGCCGGACCGGGCUGCGGUAGAGACUUCCCCGACGUGUCUGGAACUGCCCUUGUAAAAAUGCACCUAGUUAAGAAUGAACACAAGAGAAGGGCUGUGGUAGACACAGGCUUCAUGCCAUGUUGCUUUCCAGUUUAAAAACCAAUAGACUGGCAAUUUUAAAGGAACAGCAACAAAGUGAUGACCAGGUGCCAAGUUCCAGCUUUCCUUAUUCAUCAGAUUCAAGAAGAAUUGGAUAAAGAAGAAGAAGAGAUGAUGGUUUUCCUGUGCCGAGAUCUUGCUCCUGAUUUGGCCACUGCUGAUCUUAAAGAGAUCUUGGUGGCUUUGAAUGAGAGAGAAAAACUGACUCCUCUUGGCUUGUCUGAGCUGUUGUACAGAGUUAAGAGGUUUGACUUGCUGAGGAGGAUCCUGAACACUGAGAAAGCAUCAGUGGAAGCUCACCUUGCCAGGAGUCUCAGACUUAUCCCUGAUUACAGGGUACUAAUGGUAGAGAUAAAUGAAAAUCUGGAAAAAGAUGAAGUGGGUUCUCUUGGUUUUCUACUCAGAGAUUAUGCACCUCGUAUGAAAAUGGCAAAAGAUAAGAGUUUUCUAGCUCUUAUCGUUGACCUGGAAAAGCUAAAUUUGGUGGCUCCCAAUCAACUGGAUUUGAUAGAAAACUGUUUUCAAAGUAUUCACAGGAUGGACUUGAUCAGGAAGAUUCAGAAGUACAAGCAUGAAGCUUCAGUGUCCUCCAUUCAUUCUCAGCCAGUAUAUGUAAAUGCUCAUCAGGCCUCUCUCCCUAAUCUCAAUCUGAUUGAUCCUCCUUAUCAUUCAGGGAUUCAGAAUGAGAACACAGAAAGAUUACAAAAUGGAUCAAGUCUUACUCUGGCAGAACCAGUUCACAUGUCCAUUCAGGAGUCGGGAUCAGUGCCACAUAAGAUGUCAGAUGAUUCUUACAGAAUGCAAAGUCAACCUUUAGGAAUUUGCCUGAUAAUAGAUUGCAUUGGCAAUGACACUGAUGUGUUGGAAGAGACCUUCAGAAGCUUAGGCUACGAUGUUCAUUGUCACAGAUACUUAAAUAUGAACUCCAUGAAUCAAACAUUGCUUGAAGUUGCAAGGUGGCAGAAGCACAGAAAUUGUGACAGCUUCGUUUGCGUAUUGGUCAGCCGUGGAAAUUCUCAGAGCAUCUUCUGUACAGACCCCACCUUUUCUGGAUUCCCUUUGGAACAAAUAAAGAAAUACUUUACAGCAGACUCAUGUCCUGGACUCCUAGGAAAACCAAAGCUUUUUUUUAUUCAGAGCUAUGUUGUGCCAGAAAAUGAGCAAGAAUGUACCAGUCUGUUGGAAGUUGAUGGGAAGGGUGAGAAUAUCAGUGCUAAAGUCUCUAUCCCCCACGCAGCAGACAUCUUUUGGAGUCAUUGCAAGGUAGAUGUGUCUACAUUAGAACAAUCCCCAGCUUCAUCCUCCUAUUAUCUGCAUUGUCUGGCUGAACUACUCCGUAAUCCAUAUAAAAGGAAACUCUGUCUAUUGGCUAUCCAUAUGGAACUGAACAAAAAAGUUUAUGAUUGGAAUACGACCACUGACCCAAGCCAACAAUACUCACUGCUACUCCAGCACACACUGAGGAAGAAACUUUUUUUUCUCACUUAACUGCUAUUAGAAAGUACAUAUCUGAAACAGUUAACAAUGGAAACAUUUGCAGUGAUGCACAGUUUAAUGCAUACUUUUACUUUAUGCAUUGUUAUUUCAUGUGUAUCUAAAGUGCCUGUUGCUUCCAAACACAGGAAUUUUACAAGCAUUUUAGUGUGCUAGGACACUAGAUUUUAUAUUUUAAUAUAGUAGUCUCUGACUCCAUUCUCAUUGGAUGAGAAUGGUAGCUGUUGUAUAGCAGUGCAGCAUAUCUUGCUAUUGAGUACAACAGGUAAACAGAGUGGAAAGGUAUAUAAACUGUAUAGCUGAUGGGUGUUCCAAGAAAAAACAGAAGUGCUUUUAUUAUUUUGGUGGUGGUUUUUAACAUACCUCAUAGCAUUUAAACAAAUACAAGCCAGCCCAAACCACUGAAACACACUGAAUUACUUUCCCUCUCACCUAAUAGUGGCAUAUGUCUCAGAAAAGCAUUCAUACCCAGUAAUACCAGAUCUUUGCUGACUUGCAAAUGUUCUGACUUGCAUGCCUCUGUAGAUUGGCAAAACAGAAGGGAGAGACAUAUGAUCUUCUCAAUAAUCUGGAUUCCAUCUGAUUGCUCCAUUAAAGAUUGCAUCAUUAGCACAGUCCACAGCACACAGGGAUUCUAUAUUAACAAAUGAGACAAUCUGCUGUGCUUUGGGCCAAGUAUUUUCUGUUGAUGCAAAAAUGAGUCUACUUGUGACAGGACAUUACAGUAAUCUGCCAUACAGUUAAAAAUAUGUGAGAUUUUGGCAGAUGUCUUGUGGAAGCUGAAACAUGGUUCACACUUGUUGUACCAGGCAUAGUUGUAAAAAGAUAUUUUAAAGUAUUUGAAUGUAAAUGUAUGUAGCAGCCAUGAGCCUUUAAGACUGAAACACCCCACCCUCACUCCUUUUGCUUAUGAAAAAGAAUAUGCCUCUAUUAAUUAAUUUUUUCCCAAGUGCUCUUGUGAAAAAAUAAAAGGGAAAAUUGUCCUAAUUACAAAAUUUUUUCUCCAAUAUAGCAGUUGCCUAACAUGAAAAGUGCAGCUAACUUACUUGUAUAACAAUAUAACCUGGAUGGCUUGCAUUGAAGUUUAUUGUCACCAAACUUAGUGACAAUAAAGUAGGCCACUUGUAAA